GUCGUCGCGCUGGGCUAAGUGGGCGCUGAGGUCCAAGCGGAGGAGCCGGGAGGUGUCGCAGCAGCUCAGCUCGGGGCAAAAGCCUGGGAGUGGAACUAACUAUGUGUCACCUUUCCAGAGACUCACUUCGCCCCCUCUGAUGUCCAUAUGGCUAUGUACGAUGAAGAUCUCAUGAAAAAUCCUUUUUAUUUGGCUCUUCAGAAGUGGCGUCCAGACUUGUGUCACAAGGUGGCUCAAAUCCAUGGCAUUGUCCUGGUUCCCUGCAAAGGAAGCCUGCCGGGCAGUGUCCCGUCCAGCUGUCAGUUCGACUCCUAUAUUUUGGUGCCCGGGGAGGAGCACUUUCAGACUUUCAGUGGGAAGGAGGUCCUUAUUCAAGGAAACAGAAUUAAACUCGGAGCUGGUUUUGCCUGUCCUCUCUCGGUGCCCAUUCUCUUCGAAGAAACUUUCUACAAUGAGAAAGAAGAGAGCUUCAGCAUUUUGUGCAUCGCCCAUCCCCUGGAAAAGAGGAAGAGUUCAGAAGAGCCUUCAGCACCCUCGGAUCCUUUCUCCCUGAAAACCAUGGAAGACGUGCGAGAGUUUUUAGGGAGACACUCUGAGCGGUUUGACCGGAGCAUCGCCUCCUUCCAGCGCACGUUCCGGGAGUGUGAGCGGAAAAGCCUGCGGCACCACAUAGACUCGGUGAAUGCCCUCUACACCAAAUGCCUGCGGCAGCUUCUCCGGGACUCACACCUGAAAGUGCUCGCCAAACAGGAGGUGCAUAUGGCCUUGAUGAAGCAGGCCGUGGAGAUGUACGUCCAUAAUGAUAUCUACGACCUGAUCUUUAAAUAUGUGGGGACCAUGGAGGCGAGCGAGGACGCCGCCUUUAAUAAAAUCACAAGGAGCCUCCAAGACCUUCAGCAGAGAGAUAUCGGUGUGAAGCCCGAGUUCAGUUUCAACAUACCCCGGGCGAAGCGGGAACUGGCCCAACUGAACAAAUGCACAUCCCCACUACAGAAGCUGAUGUGUUUGCGAAAGGUGGUGCAACUGAUCACACAGUCUCCGAGCCAGAGAGUUAACCUUGAGACUGUGUGUGCGGAUGAUCUGCUCUCAGUGCUGUUAUAUUUGCUUGUGAAAACAGAGAUCCCUAAUUGGAUGGCAAACUUGAGUUAUAUCAAAAACUUCAGAUUUAGCAGCUCAGCCAAAGAUGAAUUGGGAUACUGCCUGACCUCGGUUGAGGCUGCAAUUGAAUAUAUUCGGCAGGGAAGCCUCUCUGUUAGACCUCCGGAGUCGGAGGGGUACGGGGACAGAGGGCUCCUUAAACAGAGGAUGAGUCUGCUGUCUCAGAUGAUGUCCACUCCCAUUGACUGCCUGUUCAAGCACAUUGCAGCGGGAGACCAGAAGGAAGUGGAGCGGCUUCUGAGUCAGGGAGACCAGGAUCGAGACACUGUCCAGAAAAUGUGCCACCCACUGUGCUUCUGUGACGACUGUGAGAAGCUUGUGUCUGGGAAGCUAAAUGACCCCUCAGUCGUCACUCCGAUCUCCAGAGAUGACCAGGGUCAGACGCCACUCCAUGUGGCCGCCCUCUGUGGGCAGGCGACCCUCAUCGACCUUCUGGUGUCCAGAGGUGCCGUGGUCAAUGCCACUGACUAUCACGGGGCCACGCCGCUCCACCUCGCCUGUCGGAAGGGCCACCAGAGUGUGACACUUCUGCUGCUGCACUACAAGGCGGGCCCCGAGAUGCCAGACAACAAUGGCAACACCCCUCUGCACCUGGCCUGCACAUACGGGCACGAAGAUUGUGUGAAGGCUUUGGUGUAUUAUGAUGUGCAGUCGUGCAGACUGGAUAUUUGCAAUGAGAAAGGAGACACCCCCCUGCACAUCGCUGCCCGCUGGGGCUACCACGGCAUCAUAGAGACAUUGCUGCAGAAUGGUGCGUCCACAGAGAUCCAGAACAGACUCAAAGAAACACCGCUCACCUGUGCAUUGAACUCAAAGGUUCUGGCCUCGAUGGAAGCCCGGCGCCCGGCCUUGGAGAAGAGGCGGACUUCUUCUGAGGUCUUUUCGCAGCAAACUCCACCUUCCGCAGACUCCAUCAGCCUGAGCUCUUCCACCUCUAGCUUCUCCUCCACAUCAGCGAGCUCUAGACAGGACGAGCCCGGGAAGGAUUACAGAGAGGUAGAAAAACUUUUAAGAGCAGUCGCUGAUGGAGACCUAGAAAUGGUUCGUUACCUUUUGGAAUGGACAGAGGAAGACCUGAAUGAGGCGGAGGAGGAUGUUGGCAGCACAGCAGGGUUGGACUUGUGUCAUCCUUUAUGCCAGUGCCCCAGAUGUGCCCCUUUCCAGAAGAAGCCCGCAAAGAUUCCCGCCAGUGGACUUAGUGUAAAUGUGACCAACCAGGAUGGCUCCUCCCCACUGCAUGUGGCUGCCCUGCACGGUCGGACCGACCUUGUCCCCCUCCUGUUGAAGCAUGGUGCCAAUGUGGGUGCCAGGAACACCAACCAAGCUGUCCCGCUCCACCUGGCCUGCCAGAAGGGCCACUUUCAGGUGGUGAAAUACCUCUUAGAUUCCCACGCAAAGCCCAAUAAGAAGGAUCUCCGUGGAAAUACUCCCCUCAUUUAUGCUUGCUCUGGUGGCCACCAUGAAGUCGCAGCACUGUUGCUGCAGCAUGGGGCCUCCAUCAACACGUCCAACAACAAGGGCAACACAGCGCUGCAUGAGGCUGUGAUGGAGAAGCGGGUGCUGGUGGUGGAGCUGCUGCUGCUGCACGGAGCCUCAGUUCAGGUGGUGAACAAGAGGCAGCGCACUGCCCUGGACUGUGCCGAGCAGAAUUCAAAAAUAAUGGAAUUACUUCAGGUAGUACCAAGCUGUGUGGCCACGUUAGAUGAUGUUGGUGAAACAGACCACAAGGAGUACGUCACAGUUAAGAUCAGGAAAAAAUGGAACUCUAAAAUGUACGAUCUGCCUGAUGAACCUUUUUCAAGACAGUUUUACUUUGUCCAUCCAGUUGGUCAGUUGAAUUCCAGGGGGAAAAGUUCAAGAGAGAUCAUGACAAGAGAUAGAAGUGUCCCUAAUUUUACUGAGGAUGCUUUGCAUGAGGCAGAGUUUCCAAGAGGCCCAUCAAAACAAAAGAACCUACCAGACCAGAGCCAAGCUCAGACUGCCGACCAAAGCAGUAGCGGGACAGCAGUGAAACACGGCACCCCCAGAAACAGGCACAUGCUCCGGAGACACACGCUCAACGAGGCUGUGGCCAAGGGCCCUAUGGAGGCUGGCGUUUCCCAGACUGAUCAGUGAGACAGAGUCUGCCACAGGAUGUGAGCAUGAGCACAGCUUAGAAUCAAAACAUCAUUAAAAAAAAAAAAAAACUGGCUUGAGAGAUGGACUUUCAGAAAGUUCCUGACAGCUUUUCUUUGACCAAGGGAAGAAAUGCAACGAUGACUACACUUGACAAGAAGUGAACAAAAAUUCCAGGGGCAGGCAUGAUAGUAUUUUUGCCUUGCAUGAGGCUGACUGGGAUUUAGUCCCUGGCAUACCAUAUUACUCCCAGCAGCACCAGGAGUAACCCCUAAGCAUCGCCAAGUGUGGCCCCCAAAUAACAAGAAUUCCAAGGCCAUCCAGACCCUUCUGAUGGACUGUGUUUCCCUUUGUGUUAGGGCUCCUUGGCUAUAGUGGCUUUCUGUCGCCAGAUCCUGACCUCAUGUAAGCUGUUAACCUUCUGUGAUGUGUGGAAGUUAGCAAAUAACACACAAAAAGAAUUGUCCCAUCUGAGAUAUGCUGAAGCGAAGCCAUUUAGGUCUAAUAGUAUAGUGGAGGCAGGACAGAGGUGUCAGACUGAAGUGAAGAAAAUAGGGCCUGGAAAAGUCCUUUGCAAAGCUGCACUUGAACCAAAGAUGCCUGCCUGGAAUGCCAUUUUCACAUUCAUUUUGGAUAAAGAGGUUAGGCCUGUCCUAAUCCACUUAUGGGAAAAAGUAGGUUAAUCUCUCUUCCAACAAAAUAGACAUAUUUGUCACUGCACAUGUCCCAGUAGCAGUGUCUCUAGAAAUAUCCUUUUCUGUUAAGAAGCUCCCUAAAACAUCACCCCUGAUGGUCACUGAGUGGAUCUGGCACAACUUUUCUUAGUCUCUUGAUUCAGAUUCAAUACUUACAGCACAAACCAGGUCAGAUUACUUUAAGUUAAAAUUUCUUGCAUUUAUUCCUUUUUAUAAAUUUCUACAGAUUAUACUGUUAUUUUUUUAUGUUACCAGUUGGCCUAGAGCUGCAGACAGGGUUUGUCUGAGUACAUUUCCAAAUAACUUUGUAAUAGGGAAAUGGUUUUGUGCAUGUUCUUGGAAAUAACUUGUGUAUGUACAGAAGGGAGGGGCUCAUUAUUUUUCUACAAAGUAAUUUAUGAUUUCUAAUUUUUGAAUGUGCCUUGGAUAUGUGCCAAAUGAUGGAAAAGAAACAGUAAAUUUUAUGAU